CCUCCCAUUCCCCCCCCCACCCUUGCCGGAUGUGACGUAUUUCCGACGUCGGUGUCUUUUGGUGAAGGAGGCGUCCAUCUUGUGAGUGGCAGCACCGGCGGGAACUGGGAGGAGGUGGUGCGGGUGUUAAUUAAAGACGAAGCCGAAACCCACCCAUUAGCAGACAUGUUCACAUCGAUCCUUCCCGCGUCGAGGAUCAACCUCUUCCACAGACCGCACUUCACCCUCGCCCGCGACGAUGGUGGCGACAUCGCCUCGCCCUCGUCUCCCGCCGCCUCGUCGCCUUCGUCGGAGCUGGUGGUGGCGCCCCAACGUCGUCAACUUGCCGCGGCGUCCGCGAGCGACAACUGCAGCUGUGAAUACGGCUCGACAAAGUACUACGUGCUUUGUGGGUUUGGUGGGAUUCUGAGCUGCGGCAUCACUCACACGGCCAUCGUCCCCCUCGACCUGGUCAAAUGCCGCAUUCAGGUGGACCCCGGCAAGUACAAGGGCAUCUUCACUGGCUUCUCGGUGUCGGUGCGCGAGGAGGGCAUGCGUGGCCUGGCCAAGGGAUGGGCUCCCACCUUCAUCGGCUACUCCAUGCAGGGCCUCUGCAAGUUUGGCUUGUAUGAGGUCUUCAAGGUCUUCUAUGGCAACCUGCUCGGUGAGGAAAACUGCUACCUGUGGCGCACGUCGUUGUACCUGGCGGCGUCGGCCAGCGCCGAGUUCUUUGCCGACAUUGCGCUGGCGCCCAUGGAGGCUUGCAAGGUGCGCAUCCAGACGCAGCCCGGCUUCGCCAACACGCUGCGCCAGGCCUUCCCCAAGAUGUACAAGGAGGAGGGCGUCUGGGCCUUCUAUAAGGGUGUGGUGCCGCUGUGGAUGCGGCAGAUCCCCUACACCAUGAUGAAGUUUGCUUGCUUUGAGCGCACGGUGGAAGCUCUCUACAAGUUUGUGGUGCCCAAGCCACGCGCGGACUGCACCAAGGGCGAGCAGCUCCUCGUCACCUUCACCGCCGGAUACAUCGCCGGUGUGUUCUGCGCCAUCGUGUCCCACCCGGCCGACUCGGUGGUGUCGGUGCUCAACAAGGAGAAGGGCAGCACCGCCGCUGACGUCCUCAGAAAGCUCGGCCCCCUUGGUGUGUGGAAGGGCCUGGUUGCCCGUAUCAUCAUGAUCGGCACACUCACUGCGCUGCAGUGGUUCAUCUACGACUCGGUGAAGGUUUACUUCCGCCUACCGCGCCCACCUCCUCCGGAGAUGCCCGAGUCUCUCAAGCGCAAGCUGCAGCUCAGCGAGUAAGGUGGCGGAGGAGAGCAACUGCGGCGCCAUCGCUCAACUCGGCCGCCAGCAAUCUCCUCUUCCUCCUUCCAGCGGGGCCCUGACACUGCUAAGGCCCCGCUCGGUGGUCUCGUUGGAAUGUUCAACUUUAGCAUUUUCUGGAGGGGGCUUGCGGUUGGCGCCAAUCGCGAUGCCCUCAUCAUCUUCAUACGCUGCCAGUUCCAGCGGUGCUAGUUCCCAAUGCAGCCCGCGCAACCGAAUGAAUUUAUUUUGUUCCGAGUUGGCGGCAAUUAAUGGGCAACACAGACCCCUCUAGUAUAAACACGCACUUCCCCUGCACCUUUCAGCAACACUGGCAGUGUUUAUUAUCUCAUUACUUAGCGGUUAAACAUUUCGUUGCUCGCAAGCGUGUGUGUGCUCGCUCUUUCGCCGCCUCUUCCACCACCCCGUAACCUGAGCUGUGUAUUUAUGUGACGUCCCCAUAGAGCCAACAGAGCAGAGUGACUGGGGCCCUCCAGAUGUCCAUGUUUCCCUGCGAGCUGUGUUAAUAGUUUAAACGCUGUGAUGGUGAAUGCAAUAAAAGCAUCGGAGAAAUUGGCAGAAACCCCUGGGGGGGGCUUCGGUCACGGAUUUAUCAUCUGAAGUCUGGCCGCACAACGCACACCCAUGAUGUUGAGAUGUGUAAUAAGAGCAUCUGAAUAAAACAUGUACAUCUUACGUGACAA